AUGCUGCGCGAGACCCGCCAGGCCGCCAAGAUCAGGAUCAGCGUCGACGGCGUCGUGCGGGUCGAGGAGCUCAUCUGCGACGGGGUGCUGGUGGCGACGCCUGCGGGCAGCACCGCCUACAACCUCUCGGCCCACGGGCCCAUCAUUCCCCUCGGCGCCAACAUCCUGGCGCUCACGCCGAUCAGCGCCUUCCGGCCGCGGCGCUGGCGCGGCGCGCUGCUGCUGCACGAGGCGAUCGUGCGGCUCGAGGUGAUCGAGCACGACAAGCGCCCGGUCAGCGCGGUCGCCGACUACACCGAGGUGCGCGACGUGGCGUCGGUCGAGGUCGCGGUCGAUCACGCGAUGGCAAUCCACCUCCUCUUCGACCCCGAGCACAGUCUCACCGAGCGCAUCCUCAGCGAGCAGUUCACGCCCUGA